AAGGGACAUUCUUCAUUCAAACCAGACAAUCAAACGAACAAGCGAGCAAUAGGACUCGCUCGAAUACACGCGUCCAAAUAUAUCGGCUACUAGGAUUCAUAUAUGGACCCUCGCCUCUCCCCUGACCAGAGUCUUCAAUCGCCCAGCUCAGGAAUGAUGGACACCUCCAUCGACAACAAUAACGCUAAUACCUCCAACAUGGACAGCGACAUGUACGCAGACCAGCCCACAGCUGGCACGCCAUCGUCGCUGUCGAAUGUCAGCAUGACUGCGGAAGGCGGCAACACGAAUGCCCCGGACAACAAUGCUACGUCAAAGCGGAAGCGGUUCGUCAAGGUCGUCGAGGUUGACGCUCCCAAUAACCUCGACCUGGAUGCUUAUAUUGCGAAUUACAAAGGGCACACAAAGGUCAACCGCCUGGAGUUCAUUGCAGACCGCUGCCCUUCGCUUCAAAUCGAUGCGUUGAAACUCGCCAUACAAGAGCUGAAGAACACGUCGACCCUCAACAUCCCUCGGUAUCUGAACUUGGUCAAGAAGCUGAAUGAGGCUGUCAAAUUUGACGCACCCGGAAGCGCAAACGUGAGCAGCGAUCUCUUAACUAUGGAUAAGGCAUGGACAGACAGUCAAAUCCAGAAGGCUAAGCAGCAGGCGGAUCUGUUAGAGGGCGAGCUCAAGAACUACAAGAGAAACUCUAUCAAGGAGAGCAUUCGGAUGGGAAACAUCGAGCUAGGAAACCACUACUAUGCAUGCGGAGAUUUGACCAGUGCUCAUCGAUCCUACUCUCGGACCCGCGACUACUGCACUACAUCGAAGCACAUUAUCGAACUCUGCAUGAAUGUCAUCAAGGUCAGCAUUGAGCUCGGCAAUUUCCCUCACGUAUUGACAUAUGUUGUCAAGGCAGAGUCGACACCAGAGGUAGCACAGGAUAAGGAUCUGACCAAGGCAAAGUUGAAGGCGGCCUCUGGUCUCGCUAAUCUGGAUUUGAGCAAAUACAACGCCGCAGCACGCGACUUCCUCUCGAUUGGCGAAGAGCUCGUGGGUCAUCAGUACGGCGACGUGGUUUCGGCCAACGACAUUGCAGUCUAUGGAGGACUCUGCGCUCUAGCGAGCUUCAACCGAGCAGAGCUCAAGCGACUGGUGAUCGACAAUGUUGGGUUCCGUCAAUACCUCGAGUUGGAACCACAUAUCCGCGAUCUUAUCCAGGGAUUCUACAACUCAAACUACACAGUCUGCCUCGACAUCAUGGACAAGUGGAGGAACGACUAUUUGCUGGACAUUCAUCUUCACUCUCACAUCGAGGCGCUUUACACGAACAUUCGCAAAAAGGCAUUGGUGCAGUUCACGAGUCCAUUCUUGACAGUGGAUCUGACCAAGAUGGCCAGAAGUUUCUCGACAACUGUCCCUGAACUGGAGAAGGAACUGGUAUCGUUGAUCAUUGGUGGACAGAUCGAAGCCAGGAUCGACUCUCAGCAAAAGAUUCUGUGGGCCAAGCAGACCAACAAGCGGUCUGCGAUCUUUGAGCGGUCAACAGCCAUGGGUCAGGAUUAUGAGCGUGAGGCCAAGGGACUGGUGCUCCGUAUUCAGAUGUUCAACCAUGGCUUGAUCGUGAAGGGGCCAGCGUCGGAAAAGGGUAGCGCAGGUGAUGUGUCGGAUGUUGUGUUUGAUCGCCAUCACCACACUCACGGUGGUGGACGUGGACGCGAGUCGGCGAUGUUUUCGGAUGCGCGCUCGAACGUGUCGAGCUUUCUGAGCAACUUUUCGCGGGACCGUCACCGCGGGUAAAAGAAAGAUGGAUGUUUAAAAAAGAAAGAAAGCGACAAGCAGAAGGGUACGAUGUAGCACAGCAUUAUCAUCCUUGGUUCUUGGUCUAUGGAGGAGUCAUUGGACCGCUGAACUUGACCGGGAUUUUACGUCACCUUGAAAUAAAAAGACGACAAAGUCCAGACGGAACGAAGAGAUUUCUUUCAUUGAUUCUGAUCGCCAUGGAGUUGCACUCAUUGCUUGGACAACAGCCAGGGUCAGCAGCGAUCGACUCUGUCCUGAAGGAGGUGACCAAGAAGACAACAGGAACGAACUCAAAAGUGUCAGAGCCGACGAUCAAGAUAUACAAGGACGCAGUCUAUUACUCGUAUACCCCCCUCGGGAUCUCUUUCAACUACGAGCCCUUGAAACCCAUUGUUCCCACUGAAUACAGCCCUUCCAAGAACACGGCACCAGACCCUGCGCUGCU